AUGGGGAUCAUACACCAAAUUACUUGUGUGGAAACUCCUCGACAAAACGCUAUUGCUGAAAGAAAACAUCAGUAUAUUUUAAAUGUAGCAAGAGCAUUGAAAUUUCAGAGUGGAUUGCCUAAAUUUUAUUGGAAUGACUGUGUUCUAACAGUAGUCUUUUUGAUAAAUAGAAUACCAACCCCCAUUCUUGGCAACAAGACACCAUUUGAAGUCCUUUUUAAAGCCGAAGUAUGCUAUUCCAACCUUAGAGUAUUCGGUUGUCUUGCUUUUGUUGCCACACAAGCACACAAUAGGCACAAGUUUGAUUCAAGGGCAAGAAAAUGUGUAUUCUUAGGGUAUCCUUUUGGAACUAAAGGUUACAAGUUGCUAGACUUGAAAACCAACAAAAUUUUCCUGUCAAGAGAUGUAGUAUUCCAUGAAAGAAUAUUUCCUUACAAAAUGACCAAUGCUGAAGCUGAAACAAAUCAACCCAUUGAUGAGCCUCCAGAUGAGUCUGAAGCAUCACCUGAUGUCAUAAGAAAUCUACACAUUCCCAGAAGAUCAGACAGAAGUAGAAGGGCACCAGCUUACCUACAAGAUUUUGUUUGCCAACAAGUAUCCUCACACGCUCAUUCACAGGAUUUUUGCAAGCAGAAAGGUAUUACAAAGCCAGGUAGUCCAUUUCCAUUAUCUGCAACACUUUCAUAUCACAGAAAAUUUGAGAAACAUAAAGCCUUUAUCUCUUCCAUACUCACACAAUCUGAGCUAGCUACCUAUCAAGAAGCUAUCAAAAGCCCUGAAUGGUGUAAAGCUAUGCAGGCUGAGAUAAAUGCCUUUGAGUUGAACCAGACUUGGAUAUGA